AUGACACAUAGACAAGACGCCGACUAUGGGUUUCCCAACAAUUCCGAGUGCAAAACAUCCAACCUUGAUGGAUUCGAAUGGUGGGCUCUUCUUGCACCGAAAAAGAGAGACCGAACGGCCAAGCCAUACUUUCGUGUUCAAUCCUCUCGUAUGAAGCCAUCCUACUUCUGUACUGAAUACCGAAGCUUUGAUGCCUUCAAACUGUUUUGCAACUCGUUGGGUGGAAUCAAAAUCCAGUCAUCAUCAACUAUGCCGCACAAUCUGCGAGGCCAAAGUCGAUUAGAGAGACUCCCACCUGAGAUUCUAGGAUUGAUCUUCGAGGUUUCAGAGCCCGAUGGAUUCAUCGCUUUGAGUUUAUGCUCACAGUCACUCUGGGCAUUUGCUAUCAAUUGGGCACAGAAUGGGUAUCUGAGAUGGAGAAAUGCCUACUCUUUAGCUGGAACUCCAGUUAUUUAUGCAAGCUCAUACCUCAAAUCCCUCCCGCAAUGCCUCUACGAUAUGUACCCAAAUUUAGUUACAGAAGAGACGGAAGAGGAAGUGGUUGCCCCUAGACUGUACGGUCAGAGACGUACAGUAACUCGAUCGACUGCCUGGUUCAACGACAUCGUGCUACAAUCUCACCAGGCGCCCUUCCCUUACGAUGACCUCUACGUCCAGUCUUUCGAAAAGAUGAUUUCAAAGGCGAAUAUCCCUACCCGCCUUCACGAAAGUAUGCGAUCAGCUAUUCCAAAAAUGGCAAUCGAGAAAGGAAGCAAGUGGAUGCUGCGUAACUUGACCAACAAUGAGUAUAUACGGAUGGAGAGCAUUGUGACAACUGAGGGCGAAGUGACAGUAUCUCAUGUCGGUAACAGUUGGCUCACGCUAGACAUGCUCCUAUUCUGGUUGAUCUGCUGGCGGGGAGAUGGUAAUCAGACUACAUGGUCAUGGGAACAACUUGAAGGGUAUGUUGGCAUGACUGAAGAGGGAAUAGACGACACACUGCACGAUCCAACAUACGGACCAUUGGACGACAAGUUCUGGCCCAUCUGGGCGGGCAACUGGGCAGGUCACAGCUUGGAAGUUGUUACAGAUCGAGAACUUGACAGUUCAUGGGUUGAUCGAACCGAGUCAAUUGAAACGCUAGCUUCCAAGAUGCUGCUCACCAUGUACGGCCUUGCCUUGGCAGAAGGGUCGCCACAAGCACGACAUCAUUGGGAAUCUGUUUUUGAACAACGAGGAGAUAUCAUUGAUGAAGAGCACGAAUGUUAUGCUUCAGAUGGAGUGACGAUCGAGACCAAGACUCACAAGAUGAUUGUCAUAGGAUCGCUAAGAGUACACGCAGAUUGUUUGUGCGGUUGCGAGUUGUGA